CAAGCCGGAAGCUAGGUAGGUAUAGAGAGCACUCCUUUCCUUUUCGGAAGCUCACUUCAACCAAGAAGUUUUGUUCGCACAGCUCCAUCCCGGCUCACAGGAACGGGAUCAGCGCUUCUCUUCGUCCAAAGCGGCUCACCAGGAACGCUUCGUGUUCUUUGUUCAUUGCAAUAACCAAAAUGGCGUCUGUUGUGAAGGUGUCGUUCAAGGGCAUCAUGAAACGUUUGACUUACGGGACGGAGGAGGCUAACUUUGAUAGAUUGGUGAAGACUUUGAAGGAGUCAUUCUCAAUCGCUGAGGGGGCGAAGCUGAGGAUCUUGUACACUGACUCGGAUGGGGACAAGGUCCUCCUCUCCGACAAUGAGGAUCUCAAAGACGCCCUCAAGAACCAGAAGCUCAACCCGCUGUACCUUGAGGUGACCAUCAUCAAAGAGGCGAAGUCUGAGGCGAAGUCUGAGGCUAAGACUGCUGCAGGGGGUCCGGCACUGGACCCCCUUGCCGCGCUGUUCGGCAACAUGAACAACUGGACCAACGGCGAGGGGAAGGAGCGCUUCAACAAGUUUGCGUCCAGCUUCAAGCAGGGCCAGGACGUCUUUGAGAGCAUUCUGAAGGACAUCAACCCUUCGACUGCGGCUGGCAGUUCUGACCUGAUGGAGAAGAUCCUCGCUGGAGUCUCGGCUGCAGCGGCUGCAGCCACUGACGCUGCGAGCGCUGCGUCUUCUAGCAAGUCGCAGGAGGAGGGCCCCAAGGAGGCCGCCAAGCCUGAGAAGGCUGAGAAGAAGGCUGAGAAGAAGGCUGACAAGGAGCCUGAAAAGAUGGCUGAGAAGGAGCCUGAGAAGGAGACUGAGAAGGAGCCUGAGAAGGAGACUGAGAAGAAGACUGAGAAGGAGGACUCUGAAGAGAAGGCGAAUGAGUCUGUCCACCCCGGAGUGCAGUGCGACGUCUGCAGCAUGAUUCCGAUCAAGGGGACACGCUACAAAUCACUGGAUCAGCACGACUACGACCUGUGCCAGGCCUGCAUGGACGCCUACCCUAACAAGACUGAGCAGUUCACCAGGAUUGAGCACCCGCUGUACCGCCCUCGUGGCUUCGGCCCUGGGUUCAGGGGGGGGAGGGGGGGCCCUCGCUGCAUGCCUCCCGGCCUCCAGUUCGGCGGCCGCCCCUUCAUGUGUGGCAACGCCAACCCCAGCAAUCGCUGGGGAGGCGGCCGUCACUGGGGUCCCCCCAGCACUGCAGAGGCAAAGCCUGACGCGCGCUUCGUCAAGGACGUGACCAUCUACGACGGCACCGAGAUGGUGCCGGGAACGCCGUUCACCAAGAUCUGGCGCUUCCGCAACGUCGGCACCACCGCCUGGCCGCAGGGGACCCGCAUCAUCAAGGUCGGGGGCGACAGCCUGGCGGAGCAGGAGACGUUUGAGCUGCAGAUCAGCGAGAACGGCCUUGCACCUGGAGAGGAGGUCGACGUGGCGGCCAACCUGAAGGCCCCUGAGAAGCCCGGGCGCUAUGUGACUCACUUCCGCCUGGCGACUCCCCAGGGCGUCAGAUUCGGCCACCGCAUGUGGGCCCUCAUCCAUGUUCUGGACAAGGACGAGGAGUCCCCUCUGGUGGCCGACUCCAAGGCUGAGGACGUCACGCCCUCUGCUCCCGCCGUUCCGGCCCCCGAGAAGGAGCCUGUCAAGGAGACUUCCGAUGACGUCAAGGUGAUCCCCGUAGAGGGCGCUGACGUCACGCCUGAGGAGACUGCAGUGGUCGUCACCCCGGAGAGCCCCACCUCGGAGCCCACCAACCUGGGGGACGACGGCUUCAUGAAGGUCGAGCAGUCCGACACCAAGAGCCCUGAAGACUCGUCUCCGGAGGAGACCGUCAUCCAGGCCCCCGCGCCCACUCCUCCCGCGGUAGACGCCCCCAAGACCGCCGACACCGCCUCCCCCGAGAAGGCCCUGUCGGCCGCCGAGGACGCCUCUGCGGAGCAGGUGGUGCCCGAGAGCGUGGUCGCGAACAAGGCCCCCGAGGGCGAGCUGUACAAGGAGCAGCUAGCCAAGCUCGCGGAGCUGGGCUUCGGCGACGGCGCGCAGAACGUGGCGCUGCUGGAGAAGUACGGCGGGGACCUGCCUAAGACCAUCAACGAUCUGGUGACGGUCAACGAGUGGGAUCCGAUGCUGCAGGAGCUCGAGGAGAUGGGUUUCUACGACAAGGAGCUGAACCGCAGCCUCAUCUACAAGAAUAACGGACGUCUUCAGCGUGUCGUCAAGGAUCUGGUGCAGAUCUACAAGGCCGGGCCUAGUGCUUAAUUAGGCAGGGCUCAAAGGUGGUGUGCAAGUGGAUGUAGUGUGGGCUUCGUAACCAUGGAGACGUGGCGUGGAAUAAGCAGUUGUGGCUUCAGAAGACUAGACAGCGGUAGUGACCAGACGUCAGAUUCUGGAAAAUCGUUGGACCUUGCAUCAGACCUCGGAGCGGGUUCAUCGACCUGUGUCAUGACCUGUGGGAUUGUCGGCAUCAGAUCAGACCUCAGAGCAGGUUGAUAACCUGUGAAGAUCGGACCUUGGAUUAGACCUCGGAUCAGACCUCAGAAUUGGUCGUUCCUGUACGAAUCAUCAGACCUCGGAAGACCUUAGAACAGGUCGUUCCUGUACGAAUCAUCAGAUCUCGGAUCAGACUCUGGAGAUGCUGGUCCCUGCCUUGAUUGAAAUUGUUUACAAAUGUAACACUGGGCAUUUCAAUG